UGUGUGUGUGCGUGCGAGUGUGCGUGUGCGUCUGUGACUGAGACAAGAACAAACGCAACAAAGACAGAGACGUAGACGUAGACCCAGAGCAAGACAUGGCCAAGUUUGUGCUGUGCCUGUGCCUGUGCCUGGCUUUGGCCCUGGCUGUGUCCCAGGCCCAGCCGCAGGCUGCCGUCACCGAAUCACCCAUCAUGGCGGAGCAGUCCACCGAGUCCCCCAUAGCGGACAUGGCCCUGAUUGAGGAUGCACCGAUGGCGCCCAAGAGCCCCACGGAGAAGCCGCCAGUGGUGGUGGUGGAGGCCAUGGAGCAGCCCAAGGCUGAUGAGCCAAAGGCCGCCGCUCAGCCGCAUACAGUGGCGGACUUCAUCAUCCACCCACUGAUUGCGUUCAAGCCACGGCAGGCGGCGUUCGAUGAGCUGCAGGGUAAGCAGUCGGGAAAUGCUGGCGCCAGUCCAUCGCCCGCCUCGCCCGGCACCUGGCUCUUCGGCAUGAAUCCCGCCCAGGGUCUGGGCUCAUCCUUCUCCACACUGGCGGGCUCCGUGUCCGGCUGGUUCAAUGAUCGCCUGGCUGCUGCCGGACAGCAGCUGCCUGGCUUGGUGGACACACCCGUCCGGGAGUCCACAACGACCAGCAGCACCACCAGCUCCACCACGACACAGCGUCCCGACAUUGUGGUGCGCGUACAGCAGCGUCCCCAGCGUGGACAGCGUCCAGCAAAUGGCAAUGGCAAUGGCAAUCGUCGCCAGCGUCCAAAUCGCUUCAACGAUCGCCCCAACAACAGCAACAAUCGGCUGGAUGAUUCGUUUGAGGAUGAUUACUACGACGAGGAUGACUACUUCCAGGGCAAUCGCUUCGAUGAGGAGUUCGACGAUGAGGAGGCCGACGAUUUGGCCCUGAACGACGAGCAGUCGCUGGAGCAGUUCGACGAGGAAGAUGACGAGCAGCAGUCCGUGGAGCAGCAGCAGCAAAAGCGUCGCCCGCAGCAGCAGCAGAAGCGCCGCAAGUCGCAGCAGGCGGCAGGCAGCUCCUCGCAGCGGAAGAAGGUGCAGGAGGCAGCAGCAGCAGCAGCACCACCAGCGGUGGAGCCCACAAAGCGUCGCCAGCAGCAGCAGGCACAGAGCAAGCCACAGGAUGAUGACGAUGAGGAUAUCGAGGACGAUGAUGAUGAGGAGGAGGACAGCAUCGAUGAUGACAGCGAUGAGGAGGAGGAGCAGCAGCAACAGUUUGCGGCACAGCCAGAGACAGAAUUCUUUGUUCAAUCGGGCACGCGUCGCUCCCAGAACCAGGCGAACUUCAUUCAACGUGGCCAGCAGAGUUUGAUCAGCCAAAUUCGUCAGUUCACACGCGGCCAAAGCCCCGCCGAGCUGGGCACCAAGCUGCGUCGCACCUCACAGUCGGGAGGCUCCUCGGCCUCCCUCAAGGCACGUCGCCCCCAGCAGACGACUCUUCUGGUUAAUCGCAACGGACAGACCUUGUAUGUGGCCCCAGAGCUGCUGAAUCUCGGCCCCGGCUAUCCCUACGCCUAUGUGCCCAGCCAGGCCAAGAAGCAGCGUGUGCCCGUGAGCGCCUACCCGCAGCCACCGCUGACCGUGCCCAUCCGCCGGCAGGGACGCCCCACGCAGUACAUAACCAUCCCAUGGAGCCAGCUGGGUCUUUCCCCGCCCGACCAACAGUCGAUGGUCUCCCUGGCCGAGGGCAUUCAGGCCCAGCCGCUGAUCCUCAACAUUCCCCAAAGCGCCAUCAAUCCCGUGCAGCAGCAGCAGCAGCAUCAGCAAAAGCAGAAGAAAAAGAAGCGUCCACAGCUGACGGCAUCGGCGGUGCCACUUCUGGCUGAGGCCUCGCUAAUGGACAUCUUCCAGCCGCCACAGAUUCCACCCUCCCGCACAGGAUCCGCGAACAAGCCCAGCGGCAAUCAGCCCGUCCUCAUUGGCGCCAAGCCCGUGAAGGCUGCCAGCAGCUCGGGCGCCGCUCUUCUGCCCACCCGCAUCCGGCCGGGCACCAUCGUCGAGAAGGCACCCGCCAUGGCCAGCGACUCCGAGCUGAAGCCGCAGGAAGCCAGCGAGCAGAAGGAGCAGGAAAUGAAGAUGCCACUGGCUGUGUCCACGGAGUUGCCGCAGGCCAACAAGCAGGAUCAGGAAUUCAUUCUUGUCGGCGAUGACAAUGAGCCCGGACUGUCGCGACAUGUGCAGCCCGCCUAUGGCGAUGCUCGCUAUGUGCCCUACGGCGACUUCCAUCCCUACUUUGAUCUGUUGCAUCAGAAUCGACGCUUCGCACUGCGCAAGAGCGGACGCGCCCUGGAGCCACAGGCCGCAGAGGGAGAGAAGAUCGAGCAGGCAGACACGAUCAAGGAGGAGCAAACGAAGGAGGAACCCAUCAAGGAAGCUGCCAAGGAGGAACCCGUCAAGGAGGAACCCGUCAAGGAGCAAGCCGAACUCCCCUCCGAUCAAAUCUCCGCCUAAUUGUAGAGCUACAGAGUUACGAGUAAAAAAUACCCAAAACUGAAUAAUGAAUAAUGAAUAAUGAAUGAAUCAAAUGCCCCAAAAAAAAAACCAAAAUUUGCGAUUUUCAAUUCACGUGAAAC